AUGCCUCGACCAUCACGAGAUUCGUACGGCGAUCAGAAGCCACCGUACUCGUACAUUUCCCUCACCGCGAUGGCCAUCUGGUCCUCGCCGGAAAAGAUGCUCUCGCUAAACGACAUCUACCAGUUCAUCACCGACCGGUUCCCGUACUAUCGCACCAACACCCAACGCUGGCAGAACUCGCUACGACACAACCUCAGCUUCAACGAUUGCUUCAUCAAGGUCCCCCGGCGUCCCGACCGUCCGGGCAAGGGCGCAUACUGGACGCUGCACCCGAAAGCCUUCGACAUGUUCCAGAACGGCAGCUUGCUCCGUCGGCGAAAGCGCUUCAAGCUGCACCAGACCGACAAGGAAUGUUUGAACGAAGAAUUCAUCGCCCUCGCCAAUAUGAACCGCUUCUUCAUGGCACAGAGCGGAGCACCGACGUACCAUCACGACCCGGCCGCGUACUAUCCGCCGCUAUCGGAACCGAUCGGAUCGAGCCUCUCGCCGAGCAUGGUAUAUGCGCCCAUCUCACCGCCACUCUCACCACCGGAAGAUAUUGCCGGAGUUGGCCAACCGGUCAGUAGUGGCGGCGGAUCCGAAUCACCUGUCAGUGUCGCAUCCCUACCACCAGCGGCCAGCAGUGCAACGACGACAGUAAGCAACCCAAAGCCAAAGCGAUCCUUCACGAUCGAGAGCCUCAUCGAACCGGACAGCUCGUCCGACUCCGAGGAAAGCACGGACCGUCCUCAGCCGUACCAGUUCCAGCAGCAGCAACAGCAGCAGUUGGAACACCUUCGCCAUCUAAGUCAGCAGCAGCUGAUGAGCAAUCUAACCGCGUUCAAUGAGUAUGCGGCAGCCGUGCAACAUCACCAGCAGCAGCAGCACCAGCACCAGCAGCAUCAAGCCGCCGUAGCCGCAGCGGCAGCAGCCGCCGCACUCGGAAGCUCCUAUACCGGAAGUGUCCCACUGCAUCCGCUACUGUUACCGCUCGGGAAGAUGCAAUCGCCUGCCACCUAUUUCCUCCAUGCGGGCGCCUCCUACCAUCACCAUCCGCACCAUCUGCACCAUCUCUACCCUGCCCAUCUGCCAGUUUCCUCAGCAGCAGCGGUCACCGGACCUCCGCACCAUCUACAUCCGCACGAGCUGGCACACCAGGGUUUGCGCCCCGAGCCUCCGUCGCUAGCAAUCGCUUAA